CAUAAUGUCUCAAGAAACUACAAUUAAAAUUGAACCAAUCGAAUAUAUUCAAGUUAAACAAGAAUAUGAUGAUUGUCCUCAAGAGGAGCAAGAAUUUAAUGAUUAUGCAAUAUGUCCGGAAAUAUGUCUACAAGAAUUUUUAAAAACUGAGAUAAAAGAAGAGGAAGAACCAAAGCAAGACAUGAUCGAUGAGCAAGAUGCAGCAGGCACUGGUACAAACGAAACAAGUAUAGGCCUAAGCCAUUUCCUUAUCCCUGACACAACCAAUAACCCGAAACAACUCCAUAAGUAUGAAUGUAAAGUCUGCAACAAAAUAUUUAAAACAACACAAAAAUUAAGGCGCCAUGAAAUUGUUCACAUUAAAGUACAACCUUAUAGAUGUGAAACAUGUUACAAAUCAUUCAAAAGAGAAGACUCGUUAAAAGUGCAUGAAAGGACCCACACUGGGGAACGCCCUUACGAAUGCACAAUGUGCAAUGAAGCAUUCACCACAAAACAAAAAUUAAACCGACAUGAAAUGAUCCACACCGGAGAGCGUCCAUAUAAAUGUGAGAUAUGCGAUAAAAGUUUCAAAUCCAACUAUUCAUUCACUCGCCAUGAAAUUUUCCAUGCUGGGUUAAGACCUUAUAAAUGCAACAUCUGCGAUAAAGCAUUUACCCAAUCAGGUCAUUUGAGGAUGCAUUCGAUUCUGCACACCAGAGAACCAUCAGAAAAAUAUAGAAUAUGCAACAAACCAAUCGAAACAAAACAAGAAUCAGAGCCACAAGAAAUUGUAGAUACUGAUAAACCCCAUAAAUGUGAGUUGUGCAAUAAAACCUUCAAAAGAAAAGACACCUUGAAAAAACACAAAAGAACCCAUACCAAUGAACGUCCGUUCCAAUGCGAAAUAUGCAAUAAAGCAUUCAAUGCAAAAACAACUUUAAAAACCCACGAAAAGACCCAUACCGGUGAACGUAGUCACGAGUGUGAAAUAUGCAAUAAAAGAUUUUUAGGUUCAAAAGAUUUAAAAAGGCAUUUAGCAGUGCACAGUGACGAAUACCCCCAUCAGUGUGAGACUUGUUAUAAAGCAUUCAAAUUAAAAGAAUCAUUAAAACAACAUCAAUUGAUACAUACUAAAGACUCGCCUCAUCAAUGUGAAAUAUGCAAUAAAACAUUCACAAGAAAACGGUCAUUGAACCUACAUGUAAUAAUCCAUACCGGUGAACGGAGUCAUGAGUGUGAAAUAUGCAAUAAAAAAUUCUCGACAUCGAGUAUUUUAAAAAGGCAUAUGGCAAUACAUGGGUAA